AUACUUUAUGUCAUUUGUCAAGUUUGUCGUGCGUGGUUGUUUUGCAUUUUUUAUGCAAAACUUAAUAGUUUUUCAAUGGUUCCUACUCGAUAAAUUAAAUUUUAUAAAAAAAUCAAUAACAGUGAUACUUAUUCAGUGGCAAAAGUUAAAAAGUGUUUCGAUGAAGGCUUUUUAAAGUAGCGGGUGACAUAAUUGUCUCCAAAGUAUUGCGUAUCAUGUAACCUUAGUGGUUUAUUUUGUGGCCUGCUGUAUCUAUUUUCGACUCAAGAAACUUCCUGAACAUGGUGAAAUGAUCUGAGAUCAAGAUGAGUUGGUUACGGACGACGUCACUGUCAUUUGCUCGGCAGCUGUCCAGAACUUUGGACCCCCGGCAUGACUAUGAGCCAAAUGCAUGCUAUAACUCUUUCUGCAAGCAUUGGCAGCAGGCAUAUGACAUCAUACUCAAGUCACAGCCGCAACAUCUACAUGACGAUGUACUAGGAGUGGUGAACCAUUUGGAACAGCUGACGACGCUACUGGUGCUGGAGGCGAGGGCCCGACAGUUCACACCCAACACGCAUCCCGCAGCCUGCCUUGAGUAUCUGCUUAGUGAGAACUUGCUUGAUAAACUGUACGAAUGGGCUAUAUGUACUGGCAAGUAUGAAAACGCAGUGCGUUUAGAACAACUAAAAUUGUUUGGGAAUCUCGUCAGCCAUUAUGGUUCUCAGGUGAUAGCCGCGGAGCCCUUCCUUCGACCGCUUCUUAAACUUUUAAGCGGAUUUAGAAACGAUUUACCACCGAAAAAUCUUGAAAGUCAGUUGGUGUCAGUUCUCAAUCAACUAUGUGUUGUUUUGAUGCAGAAUAUGAAGUUUAUAGAUUUAUUUUUCCUCAUGACGCACACUCAGAAUGGAUCACAAGCAGAGUUCAUAAUCGGCCGACUUCUCCUAUCGACGGUGCACCGCGAGGGGUCGACAGGGUCGGCAUCAAGGGACGCCUUACUUCUCUGUGCGAAGAUGUCGGCGCGCUGUCCGCCCCUGGCGCACUGCAUGCUGGCGGGGAAUACAUGUCCAGUGCUUGCGACAGGUCUAAGCGGUCUGUACUCGCUGCUGCCGCGCGCGCUGCACGGCGCGGACCGCCUCACGCCCGACGACCUCGGCCACCUGCACAAACUGACACUCUUCAUUGACUCCCUCGACUUCUGCAACGCGGUCGCUGAAGUCGCUCAUCCCUCAAUAAAGAAGGAACUCCUGGACCUCCUUCAUCAGGGUUUCCUGGUGCCGGUGAUGGGCCCCGCGCUGCUACAGAGUCGAGCGGACUUGCAGAGCGGAGCGGGCGAGCGCGCGGCCGCGCUGGCCUACCUCGAGCUGGCGCUGCGCAGCGCCACGCCGGGCGGCCUGCUGCGCGCGGUGCUGCGCUUCAUAUUCCUCUACCAGUACGAUGGUGUCACUCUCAUCGAUGUGCUGCUCACGAGACUGGAGGGGAAUUCACAACUGUCUCUAAUAACUCUAUCAUUAAUAGAGACACUUAUAGAUUUAAACUGCGAGGAUGUGAUAUUAGAACUAAUAUACAAGUACCUACUAAACGGCAAUCAUCUUAUAGCCACGUAUAAACAUAGAAUUGCCGAUCCCACACUUUAUAUGGACGCGGCGGCAGCGUUUUUAAAUCUUACCCCCAAAUGCUGUAUGAGACCAUUAGAGAAGACCAGGGCUUGGGUCAACGAGCUUGCACUGACUGGUAAAAGAGUACUGGACUUCAGGAAAGAAGAUGAUGAAAGGAUUAAUGGAGUUCAUGGUGAUAUAGCAAUGAAUAGUCUAGUCCAAGAAGUUAAUUUUGAUUAUGGGAAUCCAAACGAAACACUAUACGGUAAUUUUCACGCAUACCUCUGCCACGCUCGCUUCGAAAUCGUAUCGCGAACUAUCGCGUGCACAAACUGGAGCUCAAAGUACGACACGAUAUCUUCACCUAAACGCGAAACCAACAAUAACUCCAAAGAUCUGAAAGAGAUAGACGGUAAUACCGCUGGGAAGGAGCAGGAUAGCCUUAUUUCUAUCUGCACUAGCGGAUACGAUACGUUAAAAACUAGCGGAACGCCAGACAAAGAGCCUCAUAGUCUGACGUCACUUCUAGAAGAAUCCGAAAGCCCGAAGAACGUGGAAACAAAUGGACAACAAAGUCCAUCUGAUCAAAAUACUGAAAGCAAAGACCGUGAUAGUCUAACGUCCAAUGGAGAAAGUAGUGGAUAUGAUAGCUUUAAGUUUAGAGUAGAAGAAGAUGGAGAAUCUUUUGCCGAGGACUCGUUUAGGAAGAGUUUCAGUAAAGAACGGAACGGAAGAGAAUAUGACUCUGAUGCUUCUAUCAGGUGCUGGCGGGCUAGUGCCGAAACCAUAAUCGGUCCAUUGUUAAGCAGUCUUCUGCGGAAGGCGGCCGCUCUCCUGGAGUCUGAGGUGGCGGUGAACUGCCGCGUCACCAGCGUGCUGUCCAAAUUGGUGUCGCUGCCCACCCCGUUAUUGUCAUCACUACUUGUUUGUCCCGGAUACAUGCUGCAUCCAAAUGUACCUUCUUUGUACCAGAUUCUGCACAAGCUGAAGGAGGAGGUGGAGGAGGUGACGCGGGGGCUGGAGAACCAGCAGGAGCUGGUGGACAAGGCGCGCGUGUACCUGGUGCAGCGCGAGAUGCUGCUCGUGCGGUCGCGGGCUCACACCAAUGACGACAAAACGGGUACAGUUGCAGCUCGCCAUGAGGAGUCUCCAUUCCGUCGUGUGGAGGCAAAGCGACGAAGUCUUUCUUCGAGCUUUUCUAACAUGUUUGGAAGACGACAAUCUUCUUCCCCAACGCAGAAUACAAGUGUACAGAACAAUCAACACAUACCCAUACAAAAGCGACUUAUAUUCACACAAGACGAUUACUGGAAUCAAUCUAUUACUUUACGGUCUAUAUUAAACGCGGUUAUACUGGAAGAGUGGACAAAAGAAUUGGCUUCUUUAUGCGAGGAACAUGCUCUUAGAUUAUGUUCAGAAUAUGAAGAUAAUUCAUACAAAAGAACUGUAGCUUUAUGACUGACAGCCAACGCCUUUUCAGGCAGAAACACACAGAUAACACAAUAUUCGUGUACUACAGUGUAGGAUUUUUUGUACUAUAGUGAGAUUAUUCCCAACCGUCACCCCGCUCUGUCCUCACGUGGGGACAU